UGCCUAUUCCAAGUUCACCCGAAAGAGAUCAGGACCUACAGAAUGAUGAGAGAAAUGCUGCUCAACCGGAAGGAAUUAGCAGGCCUUCACUUGUGCGACCAUCUCCUCCUGUACCUCCUCCACAACCACUUUGGCAUCAGGAUGUGCACCAGUCUGCUUGGCCACGUCACACUGUGCAUCGUUCUGAACUUGAGUGGGAGGCGAUGAAUGAUCUUAGAGCGGACAUGGGAAGACUACAGCAAGGUAUGAAUCACAUGCAAAAGAUGUUGGAGGCCUGCAUGGAUAUGCAACUGGAGUUGCAACGUUCUGUCAGACAGGAAGUUUCAGCUGCUUUGAAUAGAUCAGCUGGCGGACAAGGAGUUGCUGAGACUUCAGCUGAUGGAUCUAAAUGGGGCCACGUGAAAAAGGGUACUUGCUGUAUUUGUUGUGAUAAUCACAUUGAUGCCUUGUUGUACAGAUGUGGGCACAUGUGCACUUGCUCCACAUGUGCAAAUGAAUUGGUCCGAGGUGGAGGGAAGUGUCCAUUGUGCCGGGCACCCAUUGUUGAGGUGAUCCGAGCUUACUCGAUACUCUAAAAAGAAAGGACAGGAAGCUCAAGAAAAACUGAGAAAAAUUGGUAAGUUAUAGAGGAGUUGUAUGCUCCCUCUUGCCGAGCUUCUUAGAUUCCUUGCUUGCCUCUGUUCUUCUGAUUAUGUGGUUACGCGCUGUAUAGUUGGGAUAACUACCGGCAGUUCUAUUGCAUCCAUUCAUUCGUAAAUGGAAGGUUAAUUCUUUUCCAAUUUAUGACUUAUUCUGAUUUUGUUCUUUUGUUUUUUUUCCUUUUCCUUUUUGGAUUAAGCAAGAGGCACCGAUUUCUUUUU